GUUGACAGAAACUUCAAGUCAAAAACAAAAUUUCUCUUUUUGUUUUCUUCAUUUAUUCUUCUCUGCAAUGGCAAAACCAAACCCUAGUAGCUUAGUCGGUUCCAUGGACGAAAUUCGAAAAGUAUUCACCGAACUGGACAAAAACAGCGACGGAAAGAUCUCCAGCGACGAACUAAUCCAAAGCCUCUCAAAACUCGGGACGAAAUUAUCAAUCGACGACGUUCAGUACAUGAUGAAAGAUUUCGACAAAGACGGCAACGGUUACAUUGAUUUCGACGAGUUCGUCGAGUUUAUUCAAUGCAGCGGCGCCGCCGAUACUCCACGCGGAGGAGGGAAUAAGGAUCUGAAGGAUGCGUUUGAUAUGUACGAUAUUGAUAAGAAUGGAUUGAUUUCGGCGCGUGAGCUGCACCAGGUUAUGAAGAUGGUUGGUUUGAAGAGUAGUCUGAGUGAAUGCGCUAAAAUGAUUCGGCAAGUGGAUCAAGACGGUGACGGCAAUGUUAAUUUCGAGGAGUUCAAGAAGAUGAUGACUAACGGGUUAGUGUAGAACCGCUUUUAUCCGUUUUGUAAAUAAUUUGGAUCGAAUGGUCUCUAGUGUCGUUUUGCAUUAUUGUUUCUGCCGUUUUAUUUGAACUUUAGUGCAGCAGAAAGAUUAGUGCAAACUCAUUAUUAGGAGUAGGAAAAUGAAAUCCAUAACCAUUGAUACUAUAUGCAAAUGUACGGUAACGCCGUUAGGGUUUAAUCAACUUCAAGAUUUUAUUUCUGGUUUGA